GGGCAUCACCUUGAGCUUCCUCUCCUUUCUGUCUGUUCUGUUAUCUGUGUAGCCAACUAGCAAACAGGUUCAAUGGAGUAAACCUCCCAUUGUAUCCAUCCAUUCUGAAAAUCUGAUUUGUUUCUCCAUGGCGGUACAGGCGAUGGUUAGCGCGUCCACAGGGGCGAUGAACUCUGUCCUCUCAAAGCUCGCUACCAUGCUGGAGGAUGAACGCAACCCUCGCAUCAGGAACAACAUCAUUGCCCUAAGGUGCGCACUGACCAGCAUGGGAAGCUUCCUUGAGAGGAGGGCGGCUAGUACAGAGGAUAUGGGCCCAUUGGUCGAGGGGUGGAUGAAUCAGGUCCGGGACAUGACCUAUGAUUUGGAAGACUGCAUCGACGAUUUCGUGUGCUCAGCUACCCCAGGUAACUCCAACAACAUAGCUCAGCUGCUCAAGAUGGUAACAUGGAGGCGUCAGUACACGAGCCUGCUGCAAGAACUCAAGGAACAAGUCAGUGAGGCAUCCGAGAGGCGCUGGAGGUAUGGGAUCAUUUAUGAUGCUGGGGAUCCAUUGCACGUACCAUCUGAUGUCGUGCCCAUCGACAGUCUUCUGCGUGUAUUCAGUGCUCAUCAGGGUGACGGACUUGUCUGUGUAGAUGGCCCGAGGGACCGACUGACCAAGUUGUUGGAUCCAGAUGACCAUCAGCAGCUGAAGAUGGUGUCAAUUGUUGGCUGCAGAGGUAUAGGCAAGACUACGCUUGCCGUGGAGGUGUACCAAAGCCUCAAAGAGAGAUAUUGUUGCCACACCAUCGUCUCAGUGUCCCGAGGCCAUGAUCUGAGGAUGAUUCUUAUAAGCAUACUAACUCAUGUCGGCAUGCAGAUAAAUGGCUUCAGAGAAUGCGAUGAGGAACAGCUCAUCCAUAAACUAAGUGAAUUCCUCAAAACUAGGAGAUACUUCAUUGUUAUUGAAGAUAUAUGGGAUUUAUCCACAUGGAAAAUACUCAGAUGGGCUUUCCCUGACAAUGGCUGUGGCAGUAGAAUAUUGGUGACAACGUGCAUCAUUUCCAUAGCUAGCCCAAGCUGCUAUUUCGCUGAAGACCAUAUAUUUAGAAUGGCACCUCUUAGUGAUGCGGAGGCCAGAAAGUUAUUUUUCUCGAGAAUAUUUCACCCUGAACAUUGCUGUCCUCUUCGUUUGGAAGAGAUUUGUAUUGAUAUCUUGAAGAAAUGUGGUGGUAUACCACUGGCAAUCAUUACUAUAGCUAGCUUGUUAGCUACGAAAUCAGAUGAAAAUGAAUGGAGGAGAGUUCGAGAUGCUAUUGGCACCAUACUUGAUAAAAGUGCUACUCUCAAUGGGAUGAAGCAGAUACUAAAUUUUGCAUAUUUUGAUCUUCCCUUCCAUUUAAGAACAUGCUUGUUAUAUCUUGCAGUCUUUCGGGAAGGUUAUGUUAUUGAUAAGGAACGGUUGAUAAGGAGAUGGAUGGCUGAAGGGUUUAUUAUUGAAGAGCAUGGGAAGAGUUUAGAGGAAGUAGGAGAGUAUUAUUUCAAUGAGCUUAUUAACAGGGGUCUUAUCCAAUCGGUUUGUAUCCGAUACGAUGGUCGAAUCGAAGCUUGCCAAGUUCAGAACAUGAUUUGGGAUCUCAUAUUGUCUAAAUCCGCGGAAGAGAACUUUGUAACCAGAUAUGAUGACCCUGGUAGCAUUUUUGGACUGCAAGACAGAAUUCGCCGCCUAUCUCUUUACUGUGAUCAUGAUAGAAAGGAUAUCUUUGUACCAUCUGCUAUAACUGCGUCUCAUAUUCGAUCACUCACCGUUUGUGUGACUGAUAAAGAGAUGCCUACUCUUGCAAACUUUCGAGCACUUAGAGUUCUUGAUCUGGAAAGUAGUGGGGAGCUAGAAGGUGCCAAUUAUCUUCAACAUAUAGGAAAACUAUGCAUGUUAAAGUAUCUGCGUCUUCAAGCAACAAGGAUCAUUGAGCUGCCAGAACAAGUAGUGGAAUUGCAGUUACUCCAGACAUUGGAUCUGACUCGUGCACUGAUAAACAUAUUGCCCUGCAAUAUUGUUCGACUGAAGCAACUCACUUAUUUACUUGUUAAAAAUGUAAAAUUGCCAGAUGGAAUUGGAGAGUUGCAACUUCUGCAGGAGCUCUCCCAUGUUGAAGUAGAGAGCAGUAACUCACCAAAUUCUUUGGAGGAGCUGGGCCGUUUGUGUAUGCUGAGGGUUCUUGGGCUAGAUUGGUGCAUAAGUGACACAGAUAUUUGUAGGGAAACCUGUGUCCGUAGCCUGAUCUCUUCACUUGACAAACUUGGCACUUCCAACCUCCAGUCUCUUCAUAUUGGCGGUGGUUCCGGGUGUUCCCUGGAUUUUUUGUUGGAUUCCCUGUCUGCUCCUUUUGACCACCUACACAAGUUUCGGAUGACUUCAGAUUACUAUUUCCCAAGAAUACCAGGAUGGAUGACCUCACUUGUUAGCCUCAGACUGUUGGAGAUCAACAUUGAUACAGUGGGAGAGGAUGCACUUAUGAUCCUUGGGAAAUUGCCUUCUCUGCUAGUUCUCUUGCUGUCGGUGAAAUCUUCAGCUCACAAUCAAGGGCUCAUCAUCGCAAGCUGUGGAUUCCGAUGCCUAAAGCAAUUUGACUUCAUUUGUUGCAAAGGUUUGGACAUGGUGAUGUUUGAACAAGGGGGUAUGCCUGCACUGGAACAGCUCCACCUGAAGCUCCGAGCAAAAGGAGUGUUUGUGAAUUAUGGUUUUCAGUUUGGCAUUGAGCACAUUGCUUCCCUCAGAUAUCUCCAUGUAGAUAUCGCAUGUGAGGACGCAGAGGCUAGGGAGGUGGAAGCUGCAGAGGAUGCCAUUAGGAGCGCAAUCAGCGCUCAUCCUGGUCAUCUUAGACUUGAACUCCGGAGGUUGGGGGAAGAGGAUGUGAUGCAUGGUGAAGGGGCAGAUGUGGAGUCUGAAGAAAUGAUGGAAGAGGAUCAAACCUCUCCGGCUGGAGCUGCCUAUAAUUAUAACACUUUCGAGUCAUUUAUGUUACAUUUAUGGCACUUUCUUCAGUUGAUAGUUGGGCGGAUGAAACCAAGAGUGACGAGGUUGCCAUCGACGCCGUGGCUACCACACCGACAGGCGGCGGGGCAGCGGUUUCCUCCGACACAGGAAGCCACCUAUUCCGUGUCCGAGAUGGACUCUGGGGCCAUCCAGGCAUUCGAGGAGCAACUGCGGCAGGAGGGCCUGGAAUCCCUCUUCAACUACACCCAGAAGCUCAAGCCCCGCGCCGGCGGCGGCCGGUAGCCCCUCUGCAUACCAAUAGUUGGUCUGAUCGCUUCGCUUCGUGAUUGGCUCACGUGGUCGUUCAAAGUGCAUGCAGACCAAAUACUCCCUCCGUUCCUAAAUAUAAGUCUUUCUA